CCCCUUCUCCUUUUUUUCGGCGGGUCCGAGAGGUCUCUGGGUCAACUUGAGGUCAAUUAGAGGUCAAUUUGAGGAGAAAUCGCUACAUAGGGACAAGGACACUGUUAUUUCCUGUUUGCUUCGCAGGAGCCUGGCGCUUCCAGAGUGGUCGGUGUCUGUAUUCUGUCCAUCGCAUUGAUCACUGUUACGGCACGGCUGCAUUAAUUCCUAGGAGGGAGAGGUGAGCCCUCUACUACCGGCUCUUUGCCAUUGUUGGAAUCGUCCGACGCUGCCGGCUGUCCAUGUCGUGCUUGUGCCAUUGUUAGGCCAACGGAUAUUGGGUUGUUCAUAGACCUCAACCCGGCCUGUUCAUGGGAGCGUCAUGGGAGGCUUUCUUUCCAUACAAAGCAAAGAAAAGCGCCGCCGCUCAAAUCGGCUGUCAAAACCACCCCCAAAUAAAGCUACAAUACCGUCGGCCAGCUCCCACACGCCCCAUCAAGCUUCGGGCUCCAACUCUUUCGCGUGUUCCCCAGCUGGUGCAUGGCAAAACCCCUGGACUGGGACUGCCAUUCCAGUCAGUUCCCCGGAGCCAGAAGUGGCUGGACGAAGGUCGCAGUCUCUUCCUUCUGUCUCCUAUCAGCCCGGAGCACCAUGGCCAGUUGUCAACAGGGCCCGAAAAUGCCAGUCCAUGGUGAGAGAGUCGGAUGACUCUAGUCUCUAUUCACCCACUACUUCUACGGCGACAUCGACUCCAUUAAGCAGACGGGCUUCUCUCCAACCCUCCGAGCAAGACACUUUCCAGCCAGCAGCUCUCUGGAAUCGCCCGCAGCCUCCAGCGGUUCACCAACCGAAAAGAUCAUAUUCUGUCCACUCUCCAGCCCAUAGAUCGCAAACUGCUGUUCAUCAUAGUACGAUUGAAGAGGCGACAUCAUCUAAUACGCUUUUCAUGGUUGACAGCCAAGGAUUUUCCCUCAUCCGCCGGCGUUCCUUGUUAACACGACCUGGGGUCGCAACAAGAAGGUCAACUAGGGAUGCCGCUCGAAGACUGUCUUCACCACCAAUCGGUCAGGAAAUUAGAACCCCCAACUACCCAAAUGAGCAAUGCGCAUCGCCGCAACUAUUGUUGCCUGGUGGCAAAGAUACUGGUCCCGGAUCCUCCGCCCCACUGACCCAGAUGCGUCCACCCACGCCGAGUGACUUCGAAUACACCCAUUUGGGGGCUCUCAAAUUGGGGUCUUUACGUGUGGUGAAUGGUUCUGCGUCGCCGUGUCCUAGCGAUAGGACCCGAUUGAAUCCUUCAAGUACCCCAACCCGUGAAACAAAAGAAGCUUCCACAGAACAUCUGGGUCUCAGGCACCACAAUGAAGAAGAUCAGCCCUAUACGCAGCAACUCACAGCGAAUGAGCCCUCCGAAAUUUAUGAGCCACAAUAUUCCUACAAGAGUACCCUCGGUAGUUCCCAGAGUGUGGAGGGUACCGCGGACAGCUUGCGUGACGAACUGAAGAUCUCUGAUGACAGCACAUCGACCAACCAGGCAUAUUUGACCGGCAUGCAUAGGAUUAGGCCCCCUACGUCUAUGCUGAAAAUUCCAACUGCGUUUGGGUCUGAGAAACAGCGUGAAUACCCUGCAAGUCCAUUUUCCUUCGAUAUAUCACCGACGAUUACAACACCUUAUAGACUAAGGACAGACGAAACAGAUGAUGAGGGGAUAUCUGUCCCUGCAGCCGAAAGAACGGUUGUUCCCCUUUUGGAAUGCGAUUCUCGUCAUCAUAACCACGAGAGACUUCAACAUUCACACAGGAAGGUAGACAGCGGUUACAGUUCCGCAGCUUCUGAUCGUUCCUUACAGGACGCUCAUGCCAGAAAGUCCACGGAUUCUCGCAGGUUUACACUCAGCGGUAGCUUAGGAAACCCAGAGAUCCAACCUGCCUCAAACUACCCGGGAUUGUACAAUCAGCUCCCUAUACGUCGCCAUCUAAGCCUUCAAGGUCCGGGGGAAGGGUCAAAUGCUAACUUUUGUGGUUGGCCGAUCAACACAUCUUCAAUGUGUCAUGAGGCGCAACAAAUUCCCGUGAAAGGGCGCGUGAGAAGCGCAUCGUUCACGGCUGCCCCUGAAUCUAGCUACGUUAUGUCCUUCUCCCAAUAUUGCCAUCGCCUGCGAAGACUCGAAUCUGCUCUGCCCGAAUUGUCCGUUGUGUCUGUCCAAGGAUUUCCUGAAGGAGACCCUCGAUGCUCAAAAAGAACAACCUACUCUUCACCCGAGGAUAGCCACGCGGGAAAAUAUCCGACUGGAACAGAAAGUGAACCUGAAAUACAAGGCCGCGGCAGCGCAGGUAAGACUGCUUGCCUUUCCAGGUCAAAGUUUGAUGCUCUUCGCAUGUCAAUCGCCGAAGGAGUAGUGAACGUGGACCCAGGAAGUAUUGCGAGUCCUAGGCUGGAACCACCACGGGGGAGAGCCAGAAGUCGGAGCAUCGAGUACCAACAAAAGAGUCUGGCGAAAUAUGCCAAACGUUCAAAUCUCUAUAUGGCAGCUUCACCAUUCGUCUUUCACUGAAACGCUGUAAUUUUUGUCAUGUCUCAUUUUCUUGCAGUUUCUCGUUGAAUAUGUCAUUCUGUUGCGAUACCACUUUCAAGUUAGGGCGGGUUGUUUCGGUUUCUUUUUUCUUUCUUUUUUUUUUUUUGGUUUACUGUUCGGUUCUUUUUCUACAAAUACCCUUCUGAUAGCUUGGUUGGUCGCCUGUAUUCCGUCUUUCUAAGCACCAUACCGCGUUUUAUCGCGCGGAGGCGACAAGGAGUUUUGUCCUAUGUUGGGGAUUUGUUUAACAUUCCCACACUGCGUUCCCUGAUUUGAUCUCUUGUUCCUUCCACGUGUACAUAUCCGGGAAGCCACGAAGGGGAAGGCUACGAUUGCUUGGUAUUCGAAGGGCCGCGAUAUCGUGCAUACCGCAGAGACAGCUCAUCGGCACCCAGUGAAAGUAUGUGGAAUGCAACUACUAGUUAGUAACCCACGGGACAACAUAGGAGAUACAACUUAGCGGUGGCGUAG